CACUCUGGCACGUUGCCUUUGAGGCAGGGAUGCUGAGGCAUCUGUGUUGGAAUCACUAUUGUUACCCUAAUAUAGGGUUAGGGUUAAUGGCGCGAUUUGAACCAAUCCGGAUGUUCUUUGCUGUUGAUGACGCAGGCGGGAGUGGUGAAGUCAACGAGGCGCCAAGGCUACCGGUACCCGACGCAACACCCCUCUUCUUUGCCGCAUCGAUGUGAACCAUCCAAGUUGGCUUACACUCAUCUUCUAUCGCCAUUUUCGUGACGCCUGCGCAAGUCCUCGGUCUUCGAAGACAGUCGAUUGCAAUCAUGGUCGCGAAGGGCGUUUCGGCGCUCAAGUUCGUCGGUACCGUAUCGCUCGGUGUCCUGACGGGCCUCUCCUACACACUCUCAUCCCUUACCAUUCCUGCGCUCCUGACGCUCCCCUCCGCCGACUCGGCCGCCCGGGCCUUCGACACCCUGACGACCAGCGCAACUCGCCACCUCCGUUCCCUCGCCGCCAUCUCUUCUUCCGCCUUCGCGCUCGCCUACAUCCUUUCCCCACGCCCCGUCCGCCAUCCAUACCUGCUCUACGCCUCUGCCCUCGCGCUUGGCUCCCACUUUGCCGCCUCCGAUCUGAUCGCCCCUUACCUCUUGGCUCUGGGCCCCGGCGGCCGGGCGCCACCCGCCUCCGCAGCAGCCCCCAGCAAGGAACGACAGAGGGAGAAGCGCGCCGCGGCGAGGGCGAGGAUGGAGGCCAGCUACGAGGUGCUUGGGGAUGCGCACAGCGAGGGGAGUGCCGAGGAGAUGGAGGGCAGCGAGGAGGGACACGUAAACGGGGAGGAGGUGCGGGCUGAUGUGGAGGUCUUCCUGAAGAAGCAGAUCGUGCGGAGCGCGGUUGCUGGGCUGGCCUUCUUACUUUCCGUCGUGGGAAUCUGGGGCGAUGGGGUCGCUCCGGUUUAUGGACAGGCUGUUGUUAUUGAGGUCUAGGGCACAGACAAGAUGAGGUGAAAAGGACGGGGGUCUGUGCUGGAUAUGGACUUGGGUUACUAUCUAAACACUCGGUCUGUUCCGUCACGGAGACGACAUGAUGGAAGAUGUUGCAAAGCUUUUUGAGGUUCGUUUUCCGGAAAAGCCCUUUGGGCCUACUCCUGUCGGGUCUAGUGGUUACGGAAGAUUUUUGGGAUUUCAGCCAAGAGACUGCAGCUAGAGAAAUAAGCGGAGUUUCUUUUCUUUGGUAGGGUUCGUCUCAAGUGCUCCUGCUUGCGCCUUGGACUUAGCGGUCUCACCAUCAGGUACCAAAGAAAUCAGCUGGUGCGUUCUCUCCUUACCACACCCACAAACUGAGGGCGGUCUUCGUCGUGGC